AUGGGACUGAAGCAAGGCGAACGAACAGUGGCUGACUAUUCCAUUGAUUUCCGCACCAGAGCCAGCCAUAGUGGUUGGAACAGUGCAGCUCUCCGUGAUGCCUUUCUCCAUGGGUUGGCAGAUUACAUUAAAGAUGAACUGGUUUCACAUGACACCUCCCUCACCUUGGACGGGGUGAUUGACUUGGCCGUCCGCAUCGAUCUUCGUGUUCAGACUCGUCGACGAGAGAAGCGUCAAGGGGAAAUCCAACAUACUCGUCCACCUCGCUCCCGUGGGGGUGCUGCUGCAGCCAACUCCACCCCAUUGGGUCAGCAGUUUGAGGAUCCAGAGCCCAUGCAGUUGGGCCGCACCUCUCUCUCCCUGGAAGAGAGAGAGCGUAGACGCAAGUCCAAUCUCUGCCUCUAUUGUGGGGCAGCGGGACACUACAUCUCCGGCUGUCCAGCAAAAGCCAGAGCUCAUCAGUAG